GUGCGCAGUUCGGGCGCAGGUUCGGUUCUGAGAGUGAUGAUGGUGGACCUGAGCGCGUGGACCGGGCCGUUAGCGCUGAAUGAGGUGGAGGAGGUUCCGGUUCGGCCGCUGCGGGUUCAGUACGGACCGCUCGAGAUCGACCAGCUGGGGAAAGUGGUGACGCCCACCCAGGUGCAGAAUCGGCCCACGCUGAUUGAAUGGGAGGGAUGUGACUCCAGUAAACUCUACACUCUGGCCAUGACCGACCCGGACGCUCCCAGCAGGAAGGACCCCAAGUUCCGGGAGUGGCAUCACUUUCUGGUGGUGAAUAUGAAGGGGAAUGAUGUGAGCAGUGGGUGCGUGAUGUCGGAUUAUGUUGGCGCCGGCCCCCCUAAAGGAACCGGUCUCCAUCGGUACGUGUGGUUGGUUUAUGAACAGUCCGGAUCGCUGAGCUGCACCGAACCCGUCCUCACCAACCGCUCCGGAGACAAACGAGGAAAAUUUAAGCUCUCCAGCUUCCGCAGUAAAUACGGGCUGGACGUCCCCGUCGCCGGGUCCUGCUUCCAGGCCGAGUGGGACGAUUACGUCCCCAAACUGUACGAGCAGCUCUCCGGCAAAUAAACCGAGUCCAGGCCCUGGUUCUGGAGGAUCACCUUCACCUGAAUCCGUUAUCCCAACACCCGUUAUCAUCAGUAUUAACAGCAGCGCUAGCAUGCUAAUCUGCUAAUCUGAACCGCAAAUCUGAAUCCCGACUCCUGACUCCACGACCCCAAUGCCUUCGAUUCACUGCUUCUACUGCUUUUAAUUUAAUUUAAAUUUAAUUAAAUUCAGAUAUAAUUUAAUUCGAUUAGGUUUGAUUUGUAAAAUUGAGAUGUUUCAGUUCCAAAACAGUUUUUUUUUCCCCAUAACUUGUUCCUAUGGAUACAAAUCUUCAUUAAUUUCUGCACUAUACUGUUAUUAUAGUGUAAUUGUGAUGCUGUUCUGUUGGUUAUUGGUCUGUAAGAAGUGUCAGAAGGAAUGAUGGGAAAUGUUGUUCCACAAUAAAAAUAAAAAAGUGUUCUCAUUCA